CGGGCGGAGGCGGCGCCGCGGCCGCCGCUGCUGCUGCCGGGGCGGGGGACACAAUGGGCGGCAGCGGCGGGGCGGCGGCGGCGAAGGGGCGCUGAGGGGCCGCCGCCCUCCUUCCCUCCCUCCCUGCGGCCAUGGCCACCACGGCCGAGCUCUUCGAGGAGCCUUUUGUGGCAGAUGAAUACAUUGAACGACUGGCAUGGAGAACACCUGGGGGAGGUUCCAGAGGUGGAGAAGCUUUCGAUCCCAAAAGAUUACUGGAAGAAUUUGUAAAUCAUAUCCAAGAAUUACAGGUAAUGGAUGAAAGGAUUCAGAGGAAGGUGGAGAAACUAGAACAACAGUGCCAGAAGGAAGCAAAGGAAUUUGCCAAGAAAGUGCAAGAGCUGCAGAAAAGCAACCAGGUUGCCUUCCAACAUUUCCAAGAACUGGAUGAGCACAUCAGCUAUGUAGCAACUAAGGUCUGUCACCUUGGCGACCAGCUGGAGGGGGUAAACACGCCACGGCAACGGGCUGUGGAGGCUCAGAAGCUGAUGAAAUACUUUAAUGAGUUUCUGGAUGGAGAGCUGAAGUCUGAUGUUUUUACAAACUCUGAAAAGAUUAAAGAGGCAGCUGAUAUUAUUCAGAAACUGCAUUUGAUUGCACAGGAACUGCCUUUUGACAGGUUUUCUGAAGUAAAAUCAAAGAUAGCAAGUAAGUACCACGAUUUAGAGUGCCAGUUAAUUCAAGAGUUUACCAGUGCUCAGCGCAGAGGAGAAAUCUCCAGGAUGAGAGAAGUAGCAGCAGUUUUGCUUCACUUUAAGGGCUAUUCCCACUGUGUUGAUGUGUACAUAAAACAGUGUCAAGAGGGUGCAUUCCUGAGGAAUGAUGUGUUUGAAGAUGCAGCCAUUCUCUGCCAGAGAGUGAAUAAGCAAGUUGGAGAAAUCUUUAGCAAUCCAGAGACUGUGCUAGCCAAACUCAUUCAAAAUAUCUUUGAAGUUAAACUUCAGAGUUAUGUUAAGGACCAGCUGGAAGAACACAGGAAAUCAGAUGCAGAACAGUAUCUUAAAAACCUCUAUGAUCUAUAUACAAGAACCACUAAUCUGUCAAGCAAAUUGAUGGAAUUUAACUUGGGUACUGAUAAGCAGACUUUCUUGUCUAAGCUUAUCAAGGCCAUUUUCAUUUCCUACUUGGAGAAUUACAUUGAGGUGGAAAUUGGCUAUUUGAAAAGUAGGAGUGCCAUGAUUCUGCAGCGCUAUUAUGAUUCCAAAAACCACCAGAAGAGGUCCAUUGGCACUGGAGGGAUCCAGAUCCACAAAAGGACUGAAGCAAAACUAAGUAUUCAAGACCUCAAAGAGAGACUAAGGCAACGAACAAACUUACCCCUGGGGCCAAGCAUUGACACACAUGGGGAAACUUUCCUGUCACAAGAAGUGGUGGUUAACCUUUUGCAAGAAACCAAGCAAGCUUUUGAAAGAUGUCACAGGCUCUCUGAUCCCUCUGACUUACCCAAGAAUGCUUUCAGAAUUUUUUCUAUGCUUGUAGAGUUCUUAUGUACUGAGCACAUCGAUUAUGCAUUAGAAACAGGCCUUGCUGGCAUUCCCUCUUCUGAUUCAAAGAACGCAAAUCUUUAUUUCUUGGAUGUUGUCCACCAGGCCAAUACUAUUUUCCAUUUAUUUGACAAGCAGUUCAAUGAUCAUCUGAUGCCACUGAUCAGUUCUUCUCCUAAAUUAUCUGAAUGCCUUCAGAAGAAAAAGGAUAUCAUAGAACAAAUGGAAGUGAAGCUGGAUAUGGGCAUUGAUAGGACACUGAAUUGUAUGAUUGGACAGAUGAAGCACAUCUUGGCUGCAGAGCAAAAGAAGACAGAUUUCAAACCAGAAGAUGAAAACAAUGUUUUGAUUCAAUAUACAAAUGCUUGUGUUAAAGUGUGUGGGUAUGUUAGGAAACAGGUGGAAAAGAUCAGGAACUCCAUGGAUGGCAAGAAUGUGGACACAGUUUUGAUGGAGCUCGGGGUUCGUUUCCAUCGCCUCAUCUAUGAACACCUACAGCAAUAUUCCUACAGCUGCAUGGGGGGAAUGCUGGCCAUUUGUGACGUGGCUGAGUACAGGAAGUGUGCCAAAGACUUCAAGAUUGCGCUGGUCUUACAGCUCUUUGAUACUCUGCAUGCACUUUGCAACCUUCUGGUUGUAGCCCCAGAUAAUUUGAAGCAGGUUUGCUCAGGAGAGCAGCUUGCUAACCUAGACAAGAACAUCCUUCACUCCUUUGUCCAGCUGCGUGUCGACUACAGGUCUGCUCGUCUGGCUCGCCACUUCAGCUGAGAGCAUAGCAGGAAACCUUGCACCUUUGGGCAGCCUCAGUUCUUAGAAAGCACAGGGAAUUAUUUCUUACCAACCGUGGGUGUAACUUUUGUGGGACAGUGACUGUUCAGGAUAAAGCAGCAGCCAUAUUUAAACCUGGCCAUGUGGAAGGCGAGCAGGUAAAAAUCUGGAUGAUGUUUCAUGUUAGCUCAAGUUCUCCCAGUGAAGAAUUUCACAAAUCUACUUGCUACUGAUUUUUUUUUUUUAAUUGGAAACAUGUUGGUGUAGAAGAGCAAAUGGUGCAUUGAAAGUAUUUUAGUCUUCAAUAUUGAAUUAUCAGAUACCAUUUGUUAGACUUGAACUACAGAGCAUAGCGUAGGUAAUGGAUUACAUAGAAUAGACCAGUGUAAAAACAUUCUUCAUCAAUUUUAAUGACUUAGACUUCAGCACAGCUAAUCAUAAUCAAAUUAUCUUUGAUUGGUGUUUCUAAGUCAUUUCUUUCAUUUAAAACAUUAUCCUGCUCAAUGUAAUUUCUUGCUCUAAUUAAUUAGCUUGGAAUUUCUUUGAGAUGUAGGAGUAAAACACUAUCCCAGAAAGACAUAAUUUAUUCAUUGUGUGGCAUUCUAAACAGAACUAAAGUGGUGAAAAGUUUUGGAUUUUUUUUUUUUAAUUUUAUUUUUGGUUCUUUGGCUUUGUUUUGUUUGUUUGUUUUUUUUUACCUAGUAGUCAAGGGCCCACUGGAAUGUACUGGCAUUGUAUGAUCUGACAUUAUUGUUUCUGUUUGAUACCAGCACACUGAAUUUUAUAUAUGCUCCUGAAGUAAAUGCAGCUGCCUUGCCUAAGGCAUCCUUACUACAAGGGAAGGUGCCCAUUGUUGGGUUACUAUAAAAGAACUUUUUCUCCUGUCUUAUUUUGUAUGUAAAUAAAUUCAAAUUCUAACAAAGUGAAAGGGUAAAAUGUAGCCCAGUUUUUGCUAUAUGGCAGGAAUGGCUCCAGCAAAAACCUAGAGUGGCAAAUUCUCGUGCUGAAGAGAAUUGAUCCUCAGUGCCUGAGCAAUAUAAAAUGUUGAAGUGUGUGAAAGCUGCUCUUCCCCUGAUCAAAACUGAUAUUGGACAGAGGUCACUCUGUGUCUGUUGUGCUCCAGGGUUUAUUCAGGAGUUCCUGACAUGGACCCGCAGUGUGCACACAGUGAGCUGAAGCAGCAGUGGUGUUUGAAACCUCUGGGGUGGCUUUUCCACAAGCAGCUGGAAAUUGUUGUAAAUAGACCUUUUUUUCAGAGUGGGCUCUUGUGGAAACCAGGUUGGAACUACAGUGGAGCAAAUCCUUUGUAACACGUUCUUUCUACUGUGGGCUCAGCACAUUAUGGAAACUUCUUUAUCUCCCAUCUCCAGAGCAGCAUUUCUAUCCAUUCACUUUAUGGGUUGGUCAGAGAGUUGUAUUUUCCUCUUCUGUUAAAGAAUUCCCAGGUGGGGUCAAUAUUGACAAGACUCCUUGGAACUUCUCUUGCUUAGCUGGGGUUCUCCUGCUUCAUUUUGGAUUUAGGGGAGCAUUCUGUCAGUAAACAAGGGAAUGGAUGCCAGCCUGGCUCACAGCAUCCAGGGAGUCUGGCUGCUCUGCUGGGCUGCUCUGCUCUGUUCCUUGGCCAUGGCAAAGCCACAGAGGGGUUUGCACACUGGAGGAGGCACCUGCUUGUACUGCUGCCAUUUUUGUUCCAAAAGCUCUGAUGUGAAUUCAGAUGAUACCUCUCUGUUACCUCUGUAACUGAAAGCCAACAAUUUUAAGGCUGUGGUUUUAUGAACCAAUACAAAAUCUUUCUACAAAAAAAAAAAAGUGUCAAUUUGCUAACACUUCAGAACAGUGAACAUCAUCUUGAGAUUGCAGAUCACAGAAGUGCUUCAGAAUUUGUUGUAUGACUGUUUGAAUUUUUUUAAGGUUGUAUGAAAUGUAUUUACCAUAUUCCUUGCUUUAUUAGCUGUGUUUUCCAUGCAUAUGCUCAGUGCAAUAUUUCCAUUAUGCCUGUUAACAGGAGGCAGCAAAAAGUAGGUGAACACUUAGAUAUGUAAACUUUUCCUCAAUAAAAAGAAUUCCUUCUGGAUACUUUUUUCAUUUCAUUUCCAUGUUCCUCGAAGAUAUUUAUACUCAAUUGUAUAAGCCCUUCUAUUUAAAAGAAAAAAAAAAAGAAUAAAAGUAAUUUUACUGACCAAAUUUA